CUUUGAAGCACUACGGAAUAAACAGGGAUUACGGUCAGAGCACUUUUCCAGGUACUUGCAGGUCAGACAUUACUUUAAGCAGAACUUAAAAGUGGAACCUGGAAGAGGAGCUACAGGGUUCCUACAGGUGUUUGUAUCUUUACUCAAAUCCAGAUCAUGCAACAGAAUUGUAUCUAAGCUCUAUCAUGGCAUUUUACAGUUGAAAAAGACAAGACAGAAUAGAUGAAGAGGAAAUGGGAAAGAGAAGGAAAUGUUUCAAUAUCUAGUGAGAGCUGGGAGAGAACAUGUCAGCUACAGCGGGUCUCAACAGGUUCAAAUACAUGGAGAGAGUUGUGCUGGAAAAAGGUGAGAUUUUUUGUUCCACCUGUUCAGAAGCCACGUCUGGGUCGGGGUGCUACCUGUUGGAGACUCUGUGGAGCUAAUGAAGCCAACCACUUUCAUGUGUUCUGACUGCCAGAUUAUUAGACCUUACUGGGAACGGGUCCAUGAACACAUAAAUAAUCUAUUUGGGAGAAUAUUCCUUUUCAAUGUGAAGUCAUGUAUUUGGGCGACAUUCUGUUUGACAACUGUGAUGUUAAUGACAAGAAAUGACUUUGUAUAUUAUUGGCAAGGAAUCAGAAAAGCAUUAGGAGAAAGUGGUUAAAAGUGGAACCACCCACUACUGAGGAAUAGACUGACAUUGUACACGAGGUUUACAUGAUGGAAAAGUUGACAUUUUCCCUGAAAGUGUAGAAAGAGAAGUUCUCUAAGAUGGACUGAGUAUGUAAAAGCCAUAAGGCAUGAUUUUACUUGAAUCUACUCACAACUAGAUACAAUCAGUUUUCUUUGUCUAAAAUCUUUUAAUUAAUUGUUUUUUUUCUCUCUCAAAUGUUGUGAAGAUGACUACAAAUGUCUGGCUCCCCCGUUCUGUUGUUGUUCUGCAUCAAAAAGAGUGAUGUAAAGAAUGAAAAUAUUGGAAAGACAACACAGUCUUUGUUGCUGUAAAUACGACAUGUUUGGAAUCGUAAUAAUUUGCCUUUUCAAUUCAAAUAUGAAGAGAAUUUCAAAAAAAGAAAUCCAGAUUUCUGCAGCUCUGAAGGCAAAAUGAAACUCUGAAUGAUUUCAAUCAGGAACUUUGUCUCCUCAACUCACAUCUUUUACUCUUUAUUCAGUUUGAAGAGCUGCAGUUUGUCAGAGAUCAGCUGUGAUUCUCUGAUCUCAGCUCUGAAGUCCAACCCCUCCCAUCUGGAACAUCUGGACCUCAGUGACAAUAACCUGAAGGAUUCAGGAUUGAAACAUCUGAGUGGUUUUCUGGAGAGUCCAGACUGCAUCCUGAAGACUCUGAGAUUGGAGAAAUGCAGUUUGUCAGAGAUCAGCUGUGAUUCUCUGAUCUCAGCUCUGAAGUCCAACCCCUCCCAUCUGGAACAUCUGGACCUGAGCAUCAACUCCCUGAAGGAUUCAGGAGUGAAACAUCUGAGUGGUUUUCUGGAGAGUCCAGACUGCAUCCUGAAGACUCUGGAAUUGGACUACUGCGAUUUGUCAGAGAUCAGCUGUGAUUCUCUGGUCUCAGCUCUGAAGUCCAACCCCUCGCAUCUGGAACAUCUGAACCUGAGAUGGAACAACCUGAAGGAUUCAUCAGUGAAACAUCUGUUAGAUCUUGUGGAGAGUCCAGACUGCAGCCUGAAGACUCUGAGGUCAGUAGAAGGUUCCAUCAGUCUCUGCUGCUUUCUUCAGUUUUCUACUAAACACAGUCAGUAUCAAAGCAAAGAUCCAGUGUCUCCUGUAAACCUGCAGCUUCUCAGUGAAGCUGUGAGAGCAGAACGGUGACAGAAACACAGAGACAGCAGUCAGCCAAUCAGAGGAGCCACAAGCUUGUUGUCAUGGUGUGUUUGAGUGGAUGUGAAGCCGACUGUUGUUGUUGUGUUGAUGUGUUGAGGAAAUGACGCUGAUUCCAGCUGACAGCCUUCCAGAUGUGCAGAGACAGUGGUCCUCCUUCAUCAAAGUGUCCAUCAGAUCUGAUCUCUCUGUCUGUUGUCUCAUUUCAACAGUGAUCAGCUGAUCAGUCUGAUGUUUGUCACAGCUCUGAGAUCAGUGAGACUGAAGCCUGUAAACCAGCGGCUCUUAUUUCACAGCAGCAUCUUUACAUUCAGUCAUUCUCUCAACAUUUCCUCUCA